CUCCCGCCGAUGGGUCAAGACACCAAUUUGUUUGGUCAACAACGAAAGCAUGGAGAAAGAGAACUAUACCAUGAAAAUCAUAGAAAUAUCUUACUAAGGAAAAACUAAAAACAAUAAUAACUAUGGUGCUUUAGAACGUAGAUCCGGCUGACCACCCUGGCUUUUCGGGUGCUGUUAUCUCACACGAAGCAAGUCUCUUCUUCAGAAGGACUCCAGGAGGGGGUGAAAAAAGAAAAGACAAAAAGCCGUCCAUUCUCCCUUAUUUCUCGCUCCCGAGAACUCCCAGUCAGUCAGUCACUCAGUCAGUCUUGUGUCUUCAAGUAGGUGAGAGCUCCCGUGGACUUUGCGACUCUCAAGUUCAUCUUCGCCGUUUGGACUCCCGACCACUCUCGAUCGUCUUCAAACACAGCUGGUAGAUACGCCAGGGACUUUGGGAGCCCAAUCUGUAUUUCUUCCGUGCUACCGAACAUCUAUCGAAGAAGAAAAAAAGAACACGAAGCGAAGAGUUUUAAUGACGACGGUGACGCUUCAAGUUGUGAUCGUGUAAUUCCAGUCUUGAGAGCGAAUGAGACGGACGACAAAAGCCUCACUUCUCAGACACGAAUUGGUAUCAAGUAUGAAAAAUGAAGACGAAUGAUGAUGUCGGCCAAGUUGUGAAUGCUCAAUUACCCCGAAGCUUUUGAUCCUUGAUUAACACCCUCUUGUUGUGCGAGGGGCCCAAUUUGCCAGCUAAGCAAAAAAACAUCGGACCGACUAGUUCGCGAGCCAGGCCCAUGGAACCCAAAGAUCUGAGCCUCCGGGCAACUUCCAAGCCACGCAAUUCCUCUGGCAACUCGGGAGGUUCGCCACCCAGUUCAAAUUCAUCCUUACUCCAACUCCGGAACUCGUCACCAGACUUUGAGUCGAAUCUACACCGGCUUCUGAGCACCCCCACCAUGUUCACUCAUCCUCAUCCUCAUCACCAACACCAACACCACGAGCUUCCAACUCCAGCCUUGAUGGAGUCACUCCGUCGGGUGUCCACCACUAUGUCAGACCUCGAGACCUUUCCGUACCUGCGUCAACAAGCCAUGGAGCCGUCUGUGGUGUUUCCCAAUAAACGUGCCAACGGGUCUAGUACCGCCGAUCUUGAUCGGAAGUCGGCUUUCGCGCCAGUUCUCACAGGGUCGGGUGGAGAAUGCCAGUCCAAAUUCCAGGCGGGGACAUCAAAGCCCUGCCUCAAAGACAUUACCCCCAAGCACAAUGAAGCGAUCAGUCAGCAACGGCGUGUUCGGGGCGAUUCGGGAGGAAACCUCAAAAAUUCCGCCAAAUCCUCUCGCCGUCCAAGGUCACCUUCAUCCGGAGAGUCCGAUGGUAAACCCGUGUCAGAGCAAGUCAUGAAGAAGCGCAGACUGGCUGCCAAUGCCCGUGAACGUCGACGUAUGGACAUGCUCAAUAAAGGCUUUGACCGCCUUCGUGGAGUGCUUCCCGGCCUUGGUCCAGAGCGUCAGCUCUCUAAAUACGAGACCCUGCAAAUGGCUCAGAGUUAUAUUAGUGAACUCACAGACCUCCUCACGUGAAUCCAAUCCAAAGUUCUUGUGCCUGGUAUCCUCCUAUCCCACCCUAUCUAUAUCUUGCCCAAUAAAUCGCUUUCCGUCACUGUUCAGUCACCCUGAGAUAAUUUGUCCCUUUUUUCCACGUGUGUCAAUCAAAACCGACCGUAUCGCGCAUCUUUGAGUGGCUCUCCCGAAAAGCCGCAAAUGACCCCCAAGCCAUUUAGCAUUCCGUCAGACCACCCUGUACGCAUAUCAUCGGUCCCCUUCAUUACCGAGAAUCCACGACCGACCACCAAAACUCCGGGACGACAAAUCGGCAAUUUUGACCGGUGCUUGUGACUAGUGACACUUGCUCUGGAAAGAGGCUCCCCGAAAAGGUGACCUACAUUUUUAUUAUUUGUGAUCAAUUCCGAGAUGAGCAUGUGUUUAAGUGCUUCUUGGAGCUCCCGGGACCGCCUCAAUUCCGAUCCGACAUAUGGCAAGUGGAGAUUGGCCGAGCAGGGCGCGGAAGUGAUUUUGAUGAAGGUUCACCAAUACGACGACAAUCCAGAAAUUUGAACACAAUAACUAGCGCUUAGGAGUUCGGAGUCCAUGACUCAACUAGCGUACAUACAUAUUUUUCUUGUCGACUCUUCAUGUUCGUCAGACAAAAACCUUUUCAUCUCUUUUGAAAAGUGGAAAAGUGUUUCAAACCCAAGCGCUAGUUUCUCAUCGUUUCGGGUUAUUAGGAAGACCUUUCAAAAAAAAAACAAUUCCAUCCGAUUAUGAACCCGAAUUACAAUUUAGAUGUCAAAGAGUAGCUCAAGCAUUACCAAUUUCAUAUGGUCCCAUUCAAUAGCAAGACGAUUCCCGUUUCUUUGUUGGUUUUCCAUUACGAACAAAAGAAGAAGAGUACUUAGAGCCACGAUAGUCCAUUCCCUAUCGAUUAUCAUUACUAUUAUUAUUAUUGUUAUUUGUAGCUCAUAACACGGUUGUUACCAAGGAUGAUUGUGCGUAGUCAAUGAGACAUACAAAGUCGAUUGUCAUCGCUCAGUUGGAGAAUGACUUCACACCUUUUGUUCGUUCGUUCGUUCCUUGGGGAUCCUUGAGGAAAUUCCACGUCUGCCUGAUAUUCGAGCUCUCGUUCAAAGCGGAUUACCCACCGAGUAGUGUACCUUGCUUGAACCUUACUGACGAUCCUCGAAAUAACGAAGGGAUUGCCACCUCCUCAAGUUUCAUUCGAUGUGGACUAAUCGCUGUUGACCGUUCAACACCUUGUCCCCGAUGUUUAUCUACACAUCUUGAUCCCAGAUCAUCCGUGUCUGAAUGAACCGAUUCUCAAUGGCCAGACACAUCCUAUUUAAAGAACUGCCACAAUGAAAAACAAGAUUAGCGUUUUCUAGCCCCAAAACGGGACGAUUUGAUUACUGAGAUGAGUGGACAAAAAAAAGGCACAG